AUGGGCGACAGCGGUACUGUCCGGUCGCGGCUCAUCGCGUUGCGGCUCGUGCUGUUGGUGUUACUGUUUGCGAAUGCGGUUGAUGCGAAGGGGACUGCGACUAUUACACCGGCGCCGUCGCGUCCAACUACCGUGCCUAUAUGGCUGCCGAAUAUGUCCGGGGAGGAAUGGUCGCAGUGGCGGGGGAGUAUUAUUUCUAGUAACGACGUCGAGACCGUGUAUACAAUCUUCUGCCCGGCGGAGCGUCCCGGCUGCACCGUCUUCUCUACCAAUGACAUGCCGGUUACAUUUACGGAGGGCCCAGCGACGCUUCGUACGGCGAAUACGAUAGCUGGGUUGCUCCUCCACCACAGCAGCCACCUGCAGCGGGAGCACCUGGGUGCAACUCGGGUUCUCGCGGUUUCUCAGCUCGAUAUCGAAUACUACGAUAGCGCCGUACACGCUGUCCGGCACGGACGUGGACUGGGGCGUGCUGACGCUGGGGGACGGGCCGCUUACGAGUACUAG